CUUUCCUGACACACAUACAAAUGAAAAUCUAGCAAUCACCCUCUAGGCCUUCAGCAGUGAAGAUGAUGGAGAUCACGGACCUCCAGAAGAUUGGUGUGGGACUUGUGGGGUUUGGGGCAUUUUUCCUUCUUUUUGGAAUCCUGUUGUACAUGGACUCUGUGCUGCUUGCAUUUGGAAAUAUCCUGUUCUUGUCUGGCCUGGCCAUUAUCAUUGGACUAAAGAGGACCUUUGGCUUCUUCUUCCAGAGGCAAAAACUGAAGGGAACCUCUUUCUUCUUGGGAGGCAUACUCAUAGUCUUGCUUAGGUGGCCAGUCCUGGGCAUGGUGCUGGAGACCUAUGGCUUCAUUAACCUCUUCAGGAACUUCUUCCCAAUUGUCUUUGGAUUUCUGGCAUCAUUGGUGAAUAUUCCAUUUUUGAGCAAGCUGUUCCAAAAACUUGGAGAUACCAGCUCUGUGGUAUAGCCUGGAUGGACAACCUCAAGAGGAAGACAGUAUCACCUUUGACAAGCAAAUUUACCUUUUUAUGCAACUUGUGUUUACAGUGCUUUAUCCCUAAGCUACUGAGAACUGCCAUAUGCACCCCAGACACCCAGUUGCCUUCUAAGAAACCCUCCCAAUCUGCACAUCACAUGAAAGUAUUUUGCAUGAUGUCCCCAGCUCUGUAGACCUCUUGCAUCAUGUCCAUGCCCCCCAGAAAUGUCGUUACCCUACUCCCUUCUCUUGGUAAUCCUAGCCCAUUUUGUUCAUUUAGAAGCCCUGUGUGAUCAGCAAUGUGGAUCACUGGCAGGCUCAUAGCCCAGUGGGAAUUAUAAGAAUAUAUUAAUCAUAUGAGUAAGGCACGAUUGCACAAAUGGUGAAGGCCACAACAGCAGCCCUGUAUAUACUAGAAAUGAGCAUAGGUUCACUGGGCAUCUGGGCAUAUUCUCUAGUGGUUUAAGAGUCUCCUUAUGAUAAAUCCAACAUUUAUCUCCUAAAGAUAAAUUUAAAAAGCUAACAAUUAGUUUAGGUAAGGGCUUCUUCAGUCACCAUUCAUGGUGGCACCAUCACUAUGAAACAGUUUGUCCAAGGAAUUCUAGAAUUUUAUGCAUUUAUGUAAAACUCUUCUAUGUUGACUUUCCACCCAAUUCAAGGUUUCUAAGAUUAUAAAUAUUAAAAUAAAUAAAAAACACAGAGAUAGGGAGGAUGGCUAAUGGCUAGUGAGGAAACACCAAAUGAAAUGAAAAAGUCUUCACCUGCGGGCAAAAGACAACAAUAACAUGAGACAGAUGAACCUCCCUGGGGAGCAAGUUCCAGAAUUUUGGUGUCACAACUAAAAAAGCCAGUUCUUGGCUUGCCACUCCUCUUGCUUUAGAUGACAGAGGCACCCAAAGCUGGACUUCUGAAGAUGACAGGAGUGCUUGGGUAGGUUCAUAUGGGAGUAUGGAGUCCCAUAUGAAGUGUGUUUCCCCUCAUCCAGAAAUCUGUAAUGUGGUGCUCUUUCAAAGAGUAUUUGGCAAAAAAAAUGGUAUGCUUGAGUUGAGGUGAAUGUAAUGUAUGAUGUAUCAUGUAUCAUGGUUGUGAGUUUAAUAGAGUUUCAUUAUUUUUUAUUACACAUCAAUUGUUGGUUGUAUGUAUGUAUGUAUCUUUGAAUAGAUUUUUAAGAGAAAUGUAAAUGUUUAAA